CUUCCCAAAAAUUCCCAAAUUUUCCCAAUUCUGCAUCAGAACCCUUCCAGACCCCCAGAUCCCACCCCAGCUGAGUUUUCCCUGGAUUGUCCCAGAGCCUCUCCCACCACGGCUCUUCCCGGGAAUUCCAGCUCCCCCUCAUCGAUCCGGGGGGAUUUUCCCGGCGUAUCCCGAGUUUUUUUCCCUUCUCCAGCUCCUCAACCACAACGUGGUGAACGACCUGGUGCUGCUGGAGCCCAUCCUGGACGCGCUGACGGCUCUGGAGAAGGAUUCCUGCCUCCUGGUGCGGGUCCUGGCGCUCCGGGGGCUCGGGAACGUGGCCUCGGGAUCCCCGGAAAAGAUCCGGAGGCACGGCUCGCAGCUGCUGGCUUCCAUGGUCAACGGCAUGGACGACAAGGACGAUCCCAACAAUCUGCUGGCGCUGGAGGCCAUGUCCAGCCUCUCCAAAAUCCUGGAUCACCUGGAGGAGCGGGACGUGCAAUCCAUGCUGCUCCACGUCGCCAUCCGCAUCCGGCCCUUCUUCGACAGCGAGCACGCGGAGCUCCGUCACUCCUCCAUCCUCCUCUUCGGGAACCUGUCGCGCUUCGGCCGCUCCGACUCCGAGGGGCUCUCGGAGCAGAUCCUCAACGGGCUGGUGACGCUGCUGCUGCACCUGCAGGACCCGCAGCCCCGCGUGGUCAAGGCCUGCAAGUUCGCCCUGAGGAUGUGCGGGCCCAGCCUGGGCUGCGAGGGGCUGCGGGAAAUGUUCGGGAAUCACCUGCGGGAAGAGAGGGGGCUGCACUACGGGGAGUUCAUCAACGACGCCUCCAAGUUCCUGAUGCGCAGCCACCCCUCCCUGCUGGGCCGCCUCAUCUCCACCAACCUCUUCUACUUCAAGAGCCCCUGGCGGGAGCUGCGGGCGGCGGCGGCCAUGUUCAUCGGGUUCCUGGUGCUGCACAUGGACGAGGAGCAGAGCCAGCAGGUGGACCUGGACCAGCUCAUCUCCGCGCUGCAGCCGCUGCUGAAGGAUCCGGUUCCCGCCGUGCGCAGCAAAGUGGCCGAGACCCUGGGACGCCUCGUCCGCCUCCUCUGAAUCCCGGAAUUCCCAAAAUCCUCGGGAAUUCCCGGCUCCGAGACCCUGGGACGCCUCGUCCGCCUCCUCUGAAUCCCGGAAUUCCCAGAAUUCCCGGGAAUUCCCGGCUCCGAGACCCUGGGACACCUCAUCCGCCUCCUCUGAAUCCUGGAAUUCCCAACAUCCCCGGGAAUUCCCGGCUCCGAGACCCUGGGACGCCUCGUCCGCCUCCUCUGAAUCCCGGAAUUCCCAAAAUCCUCGGGAAUUCCCGGCUCCGAGACCC